AGAAUAAAAAAAGAAAAGAAAACCCUAGAACGGGAGAGAUUUCAUCCCCCACAAAUCUCUUCCUUCUCUCUCCUCCAUUUUCUUUGUUCCCUCUCAACAAGUUCCAAAUUUUUCCAUCGUUUCUGAAUUCCAAGUUCCUUGUCUGUUCUUAUUUUCCUACUCAAGAUCUGGUGGAUUAUAUGGUUAAUUCUGGUUCCAAGGAAUGCCGCUUUUUUUGCCAAAAAGCGAUACGAUCCAAAUUCGCGAGGUGUGGAACGAUAACCUGGAAGAGGAGUUCGAUCUGAUUAGGGAAAUCGUGGAUGAUUAUCCCUACAUCGCGAUGGACACGGAAUUUCCAGGAAUCGUUCUUCGACCGGUGGGGAAUUUCAAAAACAGCUACGAUUACCAUUACCAAACCCUAAAGGACAACGUGGACAUGCUCAAGCUGAUUCAAUUGGGUCUAACCUUCUCCGACGAGCAUGGGAACCUUCCCACGUGCGGCACCGAAAGGUGUUGCAUAUGGCAAUUCAACUUCAGGGAAUUCAAAGUGAAUGAGGACGUUUUCGCCAAUGAUUCGAUUGAGCUUUUGCGUCAGAGUGGUAUUGAUUUCAAGAAGAACAACGAGAAGGGUAUUGAUGCGAAGCGUUUUGGUGAGCUAUUGAUGUCAUCUGGGAUUGUAUUGAAUGAUAAUGUUCAUUGGGUAACUUUCCACAGUGGUUAUGAUUUUGGUUACCUUUUAAAGCUCUUGUCUUGUCAGAAUUUGCCUGAUACCCAAGUUGGGUUCUUUAAUUUGAUCAACAUGUACUUUCCAACUGUGUAUGAUAUCAAACAUCUCAUGAAGUUUUGCAACAGUCUUCAUGGAGGGUUGAACAAGCUUGCGGAGUUGUUGGAGGUUGAGAGGGUUGGGAUUUGUCAUCAGGCUGGUUCUGAUAGUUUGCUCACAUCUUGUACAUUCAGGAAAUUGAAAGAGAAUUUCUUUAGUGGCUCUUUGGAGAAAUAUGCUGGUGUCUUGUACGGUUUAGGUGUUGAGAGUGGACAGAGUUUUCAUUGAGGAAAAAAAAAAAAUCUAAAAAAAAAAAAAUUAUGAGAUUAGAAAGAAAGCAAAUUCUUAUAAAGUGGGUAGAUCUCUAUUUGUUUGAGCUGUUGUAUAUCUGGUGAAUACCAACUUCUAUGUAACCGUUUGGCAUUAAGUGUCUUAAAUUCAAAAACUCUUUUUUUACUACAUGUCCUGAGCUUUUGUAUUAUCUUUACAUCUUUUAGCCACUGAAUUCAAUUUCAAUUUGGCAUGACAGGACUACGUCU